CAAAUAGAACGCACCCUUCAGCUCUUUCUAUCUGAACUAGAAUCACGGGAUGGAAGAGCCGACAUAAAAGGAAAAGGAGCGCUUUCUAAAGAAUAUAAAUAAUUCAGCGUUAGAGAACGUGGAAUAUACAGCUGGUUGGAACGAGGUAACUCCCUCAAAUGUUUUCUUCUAGACCACUAGCCUAUACUACAAGGGGAAUAUGUAUCCUCACUGAUAUUCAUACCAUAGGCAAUAAGCAUUUCUUAAAGAAUAAAAGUAGAUGAACAGAUGGCUGUUGUCUUAAAGCAUUUCCCAUCUGGGUCAUUCAGUUAGUGGCAUUAUGAAAAUUGCGCAUUAAAGGGUUAUGACCGUGUUAUAGGCUAAUGUAGGCCUAGGUAUUGCAGAAGUGUAUUCUAAUGCUUUAUAUAUAUAUAUAUGUAAACUCAACAAGAUCUCACGGUUUUACCAAUUUGACUUCAAAUUCGGACGUUUAUCCACCUUUCUCCAAACAUGAAAUUUCGAAAUUGCUCCAAAUGUUAAAUUUCGAAGUGUUUUUAACACCCUGGGUUGCUUCCUGCUCAGUUUAUUACAGUAUUAUAGACACUAUGUCCUGGGAUUUCCUAUGAUUUUCUAUGUAGAAGAACGCCUUACUUUCUAACGAUUAUUGUAUAGCUUGUGAGCAGAACAGAGCAGAACAGGUUACAUGUGCGUGUUCGUGAGUCUCAGCUUUUCAUAGAUAGCUGUAGCUUUAACCAUUCAGACGCUACAGACAUUUCUGUAUAAAUGACCCUGCCCGGGUGCAUUCGCGAUCCGCCCUUGUCUCACAAACAAAUAGUAUAACCUAGAAGUUUGUAGCUCAAACAUACGUUUUUAAAAUGGGGUUAGAAUUCCAAAACGCGCUGGCGUUAUGGUGGGACUCAUUGGGUUAAGGGUUAAGGUUUUGGAUAGGGUUAAAACAUUAUGUUUAGGCAUUCAUUAUUAAUGGUUAAGGUCAGGGUUAAGGUUUGGGAUAGGGUUAAAAUAAAAUAAAAAAUAGUGUCUACCACUGGGAUAGAACACGCGACCUUCGAAUCUGGAGUCAUGGGAAGAGCCCUCACGGUUUCCCGAGUGGUCGGUUUUGAAGGCAUUUCCCAAUAUCAUCAGCACAACUUCAAAGUCAAUUUUGAUUAAUCUGCUCUUAUCCAGAGCGACUUACAGUUAGUGAGUGCAUACAUUAUUUAUUAUAAUUUUUCAUACUGGCCCCCGUGGGAAUCAAACCCACAACCCUGGCGUUGCAAACGCCAUGCUCUACCAACCGGCCAUUCCCUCCCCUACCCUGGACGACGCCAAUUGUGCGCCGCCCCAUGGGUCUCCCGGUCACGGCCAACUACGACAGAGCCUGGAUUCGAACCAGGAUUUCUAGUGGCACAGCUACUCGGGAGAACACUAUGACAAUUCAGAAACUACAGAAUUAGAAUGUUCACAUAAAUGGCGUUGAAGGUGAGAUUUAUAUGAACAGUUUAUUCAAAAUUGUUACAUAUUGUUAUCCCAGGAAUGUUGAGAUAUUAAUUUAUUUUUCAUUUUGAUGAGCCUCUGUCUCACUGCUUUUUCUCUAGCCUAUACUGUAUUAAAAAAUGAUAAAGAGGAACCAAAAGUUGCUUAGCCUACUGAUACCAACACCGCCUACAAUAUGCACACUGUAUAUAAAUGCAACGCCUAUUCAUGGAUUGUAAUCUAUUUCUUGAUGGAAACCAGGGCGUGAGUGAGUACAUGGAAGGGGCUUGGCAUGAACCGGUUCUGUUCCCUGAGCCGGUUCAAACCAAGGUGCUUCCUUGUCCACCCCUCUCUCUCGCUCUUUCCCCACCGGUGAAAUUUCAGUAGCAUCUUGAGCCUGCAGUAGCAAAAAACCUGGACUGACCACUUGCACUGACUCUCUGCACCUGAGCACACACACACUCACACACACACCCACACACACACAUAUACAUUCAUGCUACAUACACAUCACAACUGCUGCUACCAGACUCUUAUUUAUUAUUGCUAAAUACUACACAGUUUAAACACUUGACCCCCAAUCCCUCUUCCCCAAAACACAUGUACAGUUGAAGUCGGAAGUUUAAAUACACUUAGGUUGGAGUCAUUAAAACUCGUUUUUCAACCACUCCACACAUUUCUUGUUAACAAACUAUAGUUUUGGCAAGUCGGUUAGGACAUCUACUUUGUGCAUGACACAAAUAAUUUUUCCAACAAUUGUUUACAGACAGAUUAUUUCACUUAUAAUUCACUGUAUCACAAUUCUAGUAGGUCAGAAGUUGACAUACACUGAGUUGACUGUGCCUUUAAACAGCUUGGAAAAUUCCAGAAAAUGAUGUCAUGGCUUUAGAAGCUUCUGAUAGGCUAAUUGACAUCAUUUGAGUCAAUUGGAGGUGUACCUGUGGAUGUAUUUCAAGGCCUACCUUCAAACUCAGUGCCUCUUUGCUUGACAUCAUGGGAAAAUCAAAAGAAAUCAGCCAAGACCUCAGAAAAUAAUUGUAGACCUCCACAAGUCUGGUUCAUCCUUGGGAGCAAUUUCCAAAAGCCUGAAGGUACCACGUUCAUCUGUACAAACUAUAGUACGCAAGUAUAAACACCAUGGGACCACGCAGCCGUCAUACCGCUCAGGAAGGAGACGCGUUCUGUCUCCUAGAGAUGAACGUACUUUGGUGCGAAAUGUGCAAAUCAAUCCCAGAACAACAGCAAAGGACCUUGUGAAGAUGCUGGAGGAAACAGAUACAAAAGUAUCUAUAUCCACAGUAAAACGAGUUAUAUAUCAACUUAACCUGAAAGGCCACUCAGCAAGGAAGAAGCCACUGCUCCAAAACCGCCAUAAAAAAGCCAGACUAUGGAUUGCAACUGCACAUUGGGACAAAGAUUGUACUUUUUGGAGAACUGUCCUCUGGUCUGAUGAACCAAAAAUAGCACUGUUUGGCCAUAAUGACCAUCGUUAUAUUUGGAGGAAAAAGGGGGUAGCUUGCAAGCCGAAGAACACCAUCCCUACCAUGAAGCACAGGGGUGGCAGCAUCAUGCUGUGGGGGUGCUUUGCUGCAGGAGGGACUGGUGCACUUCACAAACUAGAUGGCAUCAUGAGGAAGGAAAAUUAUGUGGAUAUAUUGAAGCAACAUCUCAAGACAUCAGUCAGGAAGUUAAAGCUUGGUCGCAAAUCUGUCUUCCAAAUGGACAAUGACCCCAAGCAUACUUCCAAAGUUGUGGCAAAAUGGCUUAAGGACAACAAAGUCAAGGUAUUGGAGUGGCCAUCACAAAGCCCUGACCUCAAUCCUAUAGAACAUUUGUGGGCAGAACUGAAAAAGCGUGUGCAAGCAAGGAGGACUACAAACCUGUCUCAGUUACACCAGCUCUGUCAGGAAGAAUGGGCCACAAUUCACCAAACUUAUUGUGGGAAGCUUGUGGAAGGCUACCCGAAAUGUUUGACCCAAGUUAAACAAUUUAAAGGCAAUGCUACCAAACACUAAUAGAGUGUAUGUAAACUUCUGACCCACUGGGAAUGUGAUGAAAGAAAUAAAAGCUGAAAUAAAUUAUUCUCUCUACUAUUAUUCUGACAUUUCACAUUCUUAAAAUAAAGUGGUGAUCCUAAGUGACCUAAGACAGGGAAGUUUUACUAGGAUUAAAUGUCAGGAAUUGUGAAAAACUGAGUUUAAAUGUAUUUGGCUAAGGUGUAUGUAAACUUCCGACUUCAACUGUAAAUAUUGUAUUAUAAAUUGUGCCUUCCAGUAUUAUACUUAUGCUACAAUGUUUAUUCUAUUGUACUGAGCCAUUUACUUUAUGUUCGUAUUCUAAUCUUUUAUUGUUUCUUAUUGUUGUUGCAUAAUCGAGAAGGAACCUGCAAGUAAGAAUUUCUUUGGACGGUGUACAUGUGUAUCCUGUACAUACAAAACUUGAAACUAAACAAUUAUUACGUGUUCCAUAGCAAGCUUCUCUAUCCGUGCUAAUUGGUAGAGUAAAUUAAUGAGCUAUUUUGUCAAAACUGUAGAUUUCACAGGCUUUAAAAAAAGAAGGAAAAGGAACUAUAUGAACCAUUAUCUUUUUUUGGUUCGAACCAGUUCAGAAACUUGAACGGAACAGAAAAAAUAGGGGUUCUGUUCAGAAAAUAAUUUAGGUUCUAACCCAUGAUGGAAAGUAAUUAUUGUGGAUUUUGUAAAAAAAAUAAAAUGUAAAUGGUCACAUCACACCCGAAACUUGCUUCCAUAUGUUUCAUAUGUUAUGUGUGUGUAUUGUGCCUGGUGCCUGGUUCCAUGGCAUGGCAUUGUGUGAGCGUACUAGCAGAGGAGGUUUAGCAGUGCUGUUUUUCACAUGGUGUCCACUCCCAGUCCCAGCCGCCCGCCGCCUGCCCUGCAGCAGAUGCCAUGAUAGCGGUUAGGGCCAGAGGUACACAUGGCACAGGGCUCUCACAGCUAACUAGAUUAGCAUCUGUGGGUAAUAUGAUGGUUAGAGACAGACAGACAGACAGACAUUGCCAGAGACAGAAGGAGGAGGAUGAUUGGGGGUGUUAUUAGGGGCUGAUUGGAUCAAGUGACGUGGAGAGAAAGAUGGAUGGAGACAAUAAGGAUGAAGGGGCACUUUCUAAAGAGCAGGGUGGUUCUCUGCGUCUAUGGUCUGAGCAUCACCACCAGUUAACUUCCUCUGUACAGGACGUACAUACCAUGUGUGUCAUGGUUUGAUGAGAUAAAUGGACGAUGUGAGUGGUUGAUAAGAGGCUGAGGAGGUUUGUAAAUGGAUGAGAAUGGUUUGGCCUACCACCAGAGACACUUUUUCAUGAUACAACACUUGAUAGUCAGGAAGAAGUGUCUUCUUUUGAGAACCGGAGGGAGGAGUGGGGGGGGUAGGGUCCUAUACCUGUAGCCUGGCAUACUGGCAUGGGGAAGCAUAAUGAUAGAUUGAACCUUUUCCAAUCACAAUAACCAUUUGGCAUUUUUAGUGGUGUUGGAGUCUGUAAGCAUAAAUUGGUUUGCUGGAAGUUAAACUUUAACUGUUAAAAAGAAACUGAUCCUGCUGUCACAAAGAGGAACACAGUUUAAAUGAAAAAGGGAAGUUAAUAGUUUUCUUCUGUUAGGUUAAAGUAAGGUAAUCUCUCAGACUGAUAAACAUCACUUCAUUCCCUCGUCACUUUAAAAAAUAGCAGUUUGAAAGUGUUCUAUGAACAAUUGCCUUAGUCACAGUGUGUUAUACACAGUGUGUCAAAGCUUAAACAAAAGUAAUAUAUGCCAUCUAUAUGCCAUCAUACAGUGGGGAAAAAAAGUAUUUAGUCAGCCACCAAUUGUGCAAGUUCUCCCACUUAAAAAGAUGAGAGAGGCCUGUAAUUUUCAUCAUAGGUACACGUCAACAAUGACAGACAAAAUGAGAUUUUUUUUCUCCAGAAAAUCACAUUGUAGGAUUUUUUAUGAAUUUAUUUGCAAAUUAUGGUGGAAAAUAAGUAUUUGGUCAAUAACAAAAGUUUCUCAAUACUUUGUUAUAUACCCUUUGUUGGCAAUGACACAGGUCAAACGUUUUCUGUAAGUCUUCACAAGGUUUUCACACACUGUUGCUGGUAUUUUGGCCCAUUCCUCCAUGCAGAUCUCCUCUAGAGCAGUGAUGUUUUGGGGCUGUCGCUGGGCAACACAGACUUUCAACUCCCUCCAAAGAUUUUCUAUGGGGUUGAGACCUGGAGACUGGCUAGGCCACUCCAGGACCUUGAAAUGCUUCUUACGAAGCCACUCCUUCGUUGCCCUGGCGGUGUGUUUGGGAUCAUUGUCAUGCUGAAAGACCCAGCCACGUUUAAUCUUCAAUGCCCUUGCUGAUGGAAGGAGGUUUUCACUCAAAAUCUCAUGGUACAUGGCCCCAUUCAUUCUUUCCAUUACACGGAUCAGUCGUCCUGGUCCCUUUGCAGAAAAACAGCCCCAAAGCAUGAUGUUUCCACCCCCAUGCUUCACAGUAGGUAUGGUGUUCUUUGGAUUCAACUCAGCAUUAUUUGUCCUCCAAACACGACGAGUUGAGUUUUUACCAAAAAGUUAUAUUUUGGUUUCAUCUGACCAUAUGACAUUCUCCCAAUCCUCUUCUGGAUCAUCCAAAUGCACUCUAGCAAACUUCAGACGGGCCUGGACAUGUACUGGCUUAAGCAGGGGGACACGUCUGGCACUGCAGGAUUUGAGUCCCUGGCGGCGUAGUGUGUUACUGAUGGUAGGCUUUGUUACUUUGGUCCCAGCUCUCUGCAGGUCAUUCACUAGGUCCCCCCGUGUGGUUCUGGGAUUUUUGCUCACCGUUCUUGUGAUCAUUUUGACCCCACGGGGUGAGAUCUUGCGUGGAGCCCCAGAUCGAGGGAGAUUAUCAGUGGUCUUGUAUGUCUUCCAUUUCCUAAUAAUUGCUCCCACAGUUGAUUUCUUCAAACCAAGCUGCUUACCUAUUGCAGAUUCAGUCUUCCCAGCCUGGUGCAGGUCUACAAUUCUGUUUCUGGUGUCCUUUGACAGCUCUUUGGUCUUGGCCAUAGUGGAGUUUGGAGUGUGACUGUUUGAGGUUGUGGACAGGUGUCUUUUAUACUGAUAACAAGUUCAAACAGGUGCCAUUAAUACAGGUAACGAGUGGAGGACAGAGGAGCCUCUUAAAGAAGAAGUUACAGGUCUGUGUGAGCCAGAAAUCUUGCUUGUUUGUAGGUGACCAAAUACUUAUUUUCCACCAUAAUUUGCAAAUAAAUUCAUAAAAAAUCCUACAAUGUGAUUUUCUGGAUUUUUUUUCUCAAUUUGUCUGUCAUAGUUGACGUGUACCUAUGAUGAAAAUUACAGGCCUCUCUCAUCUUUUUAAGUGGGAGAACUUGCACAAUUGGUGGCUGACUAAAUACUUUUUUCCCCCACUGCACUCACUCAUCCAUGCUCACACUCAGUGGUGUAGGAGUAUUUUCACUAUAACUUAAAGGCCUCUCUCUCUCUCUCUCUCUCUCUCUCUCUCUCUCUCUUUCUCUCUCUCUUUCACUCUCUCUUUCACGCUCAUUUUUAAUACUGCAGCUCAUCUGUUUUUGUCAACACAGAUGAACAAUAAAACGACAGGUCCUGUCUCUCUCAUACAGACACUAUUCAAUCAUAGGAAUUCCCCCUCUCUCUAAUUUCCCUCUUGUAAAUAUUUUACACAGACCAUAUGACUCUGAACAUAGCCCUACCAUGUUAUGGUUUAAUAAAUAAAUAAAAUAAGCUCUUCAUGCCACCAAUCACCAACAGCACAUUUUUUAACCGUCUGUCUCAAAGGCGGGGCUGUGUUUUGCUAGUUGGGUGUCACGCUGGUGAUUAUGACUUUGAGCAUUUUUUUGCUUUUAAACAGCUGUGUAACAGCACUGUAGGCUUGUAUGGGAAAUAUUACAGUAAACGGUCACCCUCAGAGCGUACGGCAAGUAAAUCCAUACUGUAGCUUAUAGUAAACUCCAGUCCAAAUGUAGUGAACAGACGUUGUAUUCUGACUGAUAUUUUUGAAAAAACACAUUUUUAGGUUCUUCCACCAUGGGCUGUGUGGGGUCCAAUGAGCAGCAGGAUCCCAGCAGCAAAGGAGUGGUCAAUGACGACUCUCUGAACCAGACUCAGACAGGCCAGUACGUCAAAGACCCCACCACAGGGACCAAGGCUGUAAGUGAACACCGGGGGGGGGUUGGGGUGAUUAUGAUGACGAAGAUUAUGAUGUUGGAGGACAGAGAGAGAGAGAGAGAGAGAGAGAGAGAAUUGUAUAAAGAACAUGGCUAGGGAAAAACUUCAGUGUGAGACAGGGUCAGUGGAAGGGACAUUCUAAUGAGUAUGUGUAGUUGUCAUUGACCUUAUGUGCAGAUAAUUGAUUUGUGAGGUGCGUUACACAAAUAAGUGCUGUUCUAGCCAGUUGUUACUUAUUUGCAUUACUGCUAGACUCUCUGUUGCCAAGUCCAAGUGACUGAUCUGUAAGUAGGUUUCCUUUGGUGUCUGGGGUGGUCAUUACUUCCUGUGUGUUAAUUGUAAUCCCAGCUAGCACAUCUGGUUCCUUGGAAGUUGUGGGAACAUAUGUUUUUGGUUUCAUAUUGGUUGUGGUAAAACUAAACGUUUUUUAAUGUUCUGAGAACAGAAGUAAAAAUGUUGCCUGUUAUGGGAACGUUUAUAUUUAGAUUGCAGGGAUGUUCUGAGAACGUUUUACUCCAGUUUCUUGAAUGUCUUCCUGGGAAGCUUUAUUAACGCUCUGAGAAUUAAAAUUGUGGGUUAUUUGGAGUUUUUUGAAUGACUUCCUUAAAACUAAGGAAGUCUUCCAACAAUAAGUAUUUUAAUAACAAUGCUAGCUUAUUUGGUUUAAACUUUUUUGAACUCCAAGCACAGAUAGGACGCAUGGACAUUCCUUGGGCAUUCAUCAUGCAAACACAUUUAUUUUGUAUUGUAACAUGGCAUCAGUGAGAUUCAAACCUAUAAUCUUCUGUUUUGUUGACGCUGAGAAUGGAAUGUACAGUGGCUUGCGAAAGUAUUCACCCCCCUUGGCAUUUUUCCUAUUUUGUUGCCUUACAACCUGGAAUUAAAAUUGAUUUUUUGGGGGGUUUGUAUCAUUUCAUUUACACAACAUGCCUACCACUUUGAAGAUGCAAAAUAUGUUUUCUAGUGAAACAAACAAGAAAUAAGACCAAAAAACUGAUAACUUGAGCGUGCAUAACUAUUCAACCAAUAAGACAACAUUCCUAGAACAUUACCAACAUUGAAAUUAUAUGUAACCAUGUUUGAACUUUUAGGAAACGUUCUGCAAAUACCAAGAAAAUUGUGUUUUUCUGUCAAGUUCCUUCAAUGUGCUGAGAAUGUUCCAAAGCCAAGCAACUGUUCUGCACCAUUCCCAGAUAUUUGUGAGAAGGUUGUAUGCAAAAUAACCAUUGGACAACCAGGCUCUCACCAAGCUCUAAGAAACAUAUGGUUCUCAGAACGUUAUGUGCUAGCUGGGAUAUGACUGUACACGCUGUUAUUCAGAAUGAGGAAGAGGAAGUAGCACAACAAACAAGUGCAGAAAUUAGUUUGUGAUCAUUGGACAGACAUUUAGUAAUUGAAUUGAAAUGGCUCUCCUCUAUUUCUGUUUUACUUACAUUCCUAUUUUCUAUCGGUCUAUCUCACUCUUGCUUACACACAUCUCCUUGUCUGUCUCACUCACUUUCUCCCAACUAUACUAUACUACACUACAACUAUAAUAUACUAUACUAUACUACAUUUCCCAUGGUUCUCCUCAAGACUUCAAUCUCAUAUUGUCUUUACAGAACAGAACCAUCUCCAUUGCCCCUCCAGUCCCCUCUAAUGGUGAGUAUGACGCAUAAAAGUUACAGGACUCACAUUGCUUACUUGAGUCUGUGAUGUAGGAACUAUUACUGUGUCACACUGUAUUUUGAACAGCACACCACAUACUGUAAAUCUAAAAUGGGUUACCGUUUGUUGUCAUAUAAUGAGGCCACUGUUAUAAUAGUAAAGCAGCCAGACAUAUUUAGUGACCCAGGCAAAGCACUGUUGUUGUAUUAAGAAUGUAAAGUUGCACAUGAAGUCACCCACAAGUCUUUCUUUGUCAUAUGCGUGCAUGCACAUACACACGCACACCUGUACACACACACACACACACACUUGCGUUCUCUGCUCCCUCCCCCUCCAGGUCCUGAGAGCAUUGCCAUUGCACUGUAUGACUAUGAGGGUGUAAAUCAUGGAGACCUGGGCUUCAAGAAGGGAGACAAGCUUAGAAUCUUACAGGAGUGAGUGUAUCUGACAUUUACACACAAACAUGAUGCAUCCUUACCCAUACAUAGCAGUGUAUUGAAUACCUAUGACCACACCUCUCACUCUUUGGGUCUCUGGUCUCUCUCUCUCUCUCUCUCUCUCUCUCUCUCUCUCUCUCUCGCUCUCUCUCGCUCUCUCUCGCUCUCAUGCUCUCUCUGCAGAUCUGGAGAAUGGUGGAGAGCACAGUUAAUUAGCACAGGCAAGGAAGGCUACAUCCCAAGUAACUAUGUAGCCAUAGACAGCCUUGAAACCGAAGAGUAAGUAUUUUAUCAGUGCACUGUGUGAAUAGUUUGUGAGUAGAGCUGCUCAAAGGAAUCAGUGUGAUAUACAUUUACCAUCAUCCAGGUGGUUCUUUAAAGGAGUGAUCAGGAAAGAUGCAGAGAGGCAGCUGCUGGCGUCAGGAAACAAAACAGGAUCGUUCAUGAUCCGUGACAGUGAGACCACCAAGGGUGAGCAAGUUAAAAAGCUCUUAAACAUACACACAUACAAACAAACCUUUACACAUUUAACGAGCUAACACCCUCUCUCCUUUCUGCUACAGGCAGCUACUCCCUAUCCGUAAGGGACAGUGAUUCCCAAUCAGGAGACACAGUCAAGCAUUACAAGAUCCGUACACUGGACAACGGUGGCUUCUACAUCUCCCCACGCAUCACCUUCAGCACCCUGCAGGAACUGGUCAGCCACUAUAAGAGUGAGUGCCAACAGCAUGGCCAUAAUACACAGGGAUACACCCAUAGAGAUAGAUAGAUAGAUAGAUAGAGAUAUCAGUUGACUAUUUUAAAAUGCUGGAAGCCCUCUAUGGAGGUGUCAUAAUACCCAUAAAACCUAAGGUCAAACAUGGAAUUUUUUCCCAAAUGGAAUUUUACAAACACUUAAAAUAAGGUCUGUUUUGUGUAGGCUUACCCUGGCGUGACGUUUUGAUAACCAUGUAAAUCUCUCUCGGACAAGGUGACUUUUAUCAAUAUAUUCGGCUCUAUUUACUCUCAGAUUCGUAAAUGCUAAUUAGCAUCAAAGUAGACAUCAUGCAAGACUACAAAUCCCUGCAAGCACCUGCACGUCAUCUCUAGCUGACACCUUUGCUAAAAGGUAUUGUGUAAAAAACCUUGCACAAGACAGUUCACAGAAUUAUUGACUUUUUGACAAUUUAUUAAUUUCUAAAUGUAGUUAACAUUAGAUAGUUAAUCCAGAGAUUCUUACCUUUGCCUUGAUUCGGCGGUCUUGUCCAGAUCAUCAUGGCAUUUGUAGUUCUUUGUGAUAGCAACAUUAGCAUUCCAUUUUGGGGGUAAAUACAGGCAAAUAUAUUGGUAAAAGUCACCUUGUCCUAGAGAGAUUUACACAGUUAUUAAAACUUCACGCCAGGGUAAGCCUACACGAAACACAGCCCUUAUUUUAAGUGUUUCUAAAAUCCCCUUUGGGAAAAAUGAAUGGUAGAAAAAUGACUGGAACCAUUUCCUUGUUUGACCGCUAGGUUUUAUGGGUAUUAUGACUCAUACUGUGGUACUCUAUGGCAAUGUCCAUGCAAAAAUAGUUUAUAUCCAACUAAAGUUCUCUAUCUAUCUCUAUGGAUACAACCCAGCAGCCACUGUUACUAAAGCGGAUAGUGACAGUUUGAGGUAAACAGCCCCCUCUGCUGGCUGCCUCAUCUGAAAUGGGCACAUAGUCUAUAUGGCCUCCAGCAGUGUUCACUUUCUAUGUGUUUAUUAAUGUGUGUUAUGCACAGUUAAAAAAUACAUUCAGUUAAUGUCCUGUAUGAUUCAGAGCUUUGUGUGUGGAUGUCUUACUCUCAUUGGAUAUGUUUGCUUCCUAUAGAGCAGGGAGAUGGUCUGUGCCAGGCCUUGACCAGCCCCUGCCUCAGUCCCAAGCCCCAGAAGCCCUGGGAGAAGGAUGCCUGGGAGAUCCCUCGGGAGUCCCUCAAACUUGACAGGAGGCUCGGGGCUGGCCAGUUCGGAGAGGUCUGGAUGGGUGAGUUACUCAAUCAUUCUGAGAAGGUUAUGUUUGGACCAAUACUGGGAGAUUAGAAUAAGUUUAUAUGUAUUCUGAAAACAUCUUGUUUUUAGCAAGCUGUGAACUGAGCAUGGCUAAUGUGGUUGUCUUUGUAUCUUUUGCUGUAGCUACAUACAACAAGCACACCAAGGUGGCAGUGAAGACCAUGAAGCCUGGCACGAUGUCUGUGGAGGCUUUCCUGGACGAGGCUAACCUGAUGAAGGCCCUGCAGCACGACAAGCUGGUCCGUCUGAACGCUGUGGUUACCAAAGAGGAACCCAUCUACAUCAUCACAGAGUACAUGGAAAAGGGUGUGUACACUACAGUUUGACAUUUUCUAUACAUUAACAUUACCAUACAGUACAUUUCCUGUCAGUGUAUUUCUGUCAUUGAAUUCUGUUUUUGUGUGUGCAUGUGUGUGUGUGUGUCUUUAGGCAGUUUGCUGGACUUCUUGAAGAGUGAUGAGGGCAAACGUGUUCAGCUCCCCAAACUCAUUGACUUCUGUGCA